AUGACUGUUAUGUCAAUUUUAAAUGUUGGUUAUAGUGUUAACAAUGAAUUCAAAUAUUUUAUCAAUGACGAUUUGAAUUUUGAAUCACUAAUUAAUCAAAGAAAAUUACAUGAAGCAUAUUGCUCAAAACCUCUUGAAAGAAGAUUUAAGCCUGUAGGAUUAAAUUUAAAUUUAUCUAACAAUAUUUCUAUUCAACCAAAUAAAGCAAGUCACUUCGUGGUUUAUUUUACAAAAAAUGAAAAUCCAGAACAGAGAUUUGUCACACAAAGAGAAAAAAGAUGGAAAGAUAAUAGAAAAAAUCUGGCUCUUACACUUGCGCAAUUACAUAUUGAAGAAUUAGAAAAAUCAAGAAAGAAAAAAAUGAUCAAUAAAAGAAAAGCUCAUAUUAGUACAAUCCAAAGGCGUGUUAUAUCAGUUUAUUUUGAAGCAUAUGGAAAGCAUUGUUAUACAGAUGAACCAGUUGAAACUAUUAAUGAUAUUUCCUAUAUUUCAUUACAUGUAUAUAUUCCCAUUCAUUUUAAUGUUUUUAGUGAUUUAGUUAAAGAAGGGUGUAAUAUUUUAACGCAUCAUAUACCAUCAAACAUAGUUUAUCAUAUUUCAGAAACAAAAGUUUUAAUUGAUAGUAAUAUGCUAAAGUUAGUAGGGGACGAAAAGAAAUAUUAUGAUGAAUAUUUUGGUCGGGAUGAUAUUAUUGAAAAAAUGAAGAAAUAUUAAAUUGUUA